AUGUGUAAGCGGGCAGGGGGGCGCUCACUCUGCCGCCGGGGCGGCUCGGGCGGCGCACGGCGGAGCCGGGGAGGGACGGACGGACGGACGGGAGGACGGGAGGACGGGCGGACGGAGGGAGAAGGCGGCGGACAGCAGUCCCGUCGCACCGGCCGCGGGCACCGCGCAGACCCGCCCUCCCGCCGCCGGAUAGACAGACACCAUCGGUGGUCCGGCCGGCGAUGUAGCCCUGCCCCCCAAGGGGGUGCGGAGGAGGGGGCCGCUAAGGAGGGAGGCCGUCUGCGCUGCGGGUGGCCGGCGGGACCCCCCCCCCCCCGGCCCUGCCGGUCCUGCUCAGACCCCGGGGCUGCGGGCGCUCGGCAGCGGCCAGCGGGACCCCCGCGGGCCAUGGUGACCCUGGAGGAGCUGCGGGAGAUGGACUGCAGCGCGCUCCGCAGGCUGGUGGGCCGGGAGGGGCCGGGGUCGGGGUCGGGGUCGGGGUCGGGGUCGGGGUCGGGGUCCGAGGCGCCCCCCGCGCCGGGGGAGCUCCCGGGCUUGGGGCCCUGCCUGCUGCUGGACUGCAGGCCGUUCCUCGCCCACAGCGCGGGCUCCAUCCGCGGGGCGCUGAACGUGCGCUGCCACAGCAUCGUGCGGCGGCGGGCCAAGGGCUCGGUGAGCCUCGACCACAUCCUGCCCGCCGACGGCGAGCUGCGCGCCCGUCUGCGCGCCGGGCUCUUCGCCGCCGUGGUGGUCUACGACGAGCGGACCCCCCAAGCCGACCGCCUCGGGGACGACAGCACGGUGGCCCUCGUCGUGCGUGCGCUCCGGGGACACGCCGGCCGCACCCGCAUCUGCCUGCUCAAAGGCGGCUAUGAGCGGUUUUCAUCUGAAUACCCGGAAUUCUGUUCCAAAACCAAGUCCCUGCCCAGUGGGCACAUGGCAUUCUCCUCCGAGCCCCCGGAGACGGGCUGCAGCUCCUGCGGGACCCCGCUGCAUGAUCAGGGAGGACCAGUCGAGAUCCUGCCAUUCCUCUACCUCGGUAGUGCUCACCACGCCGCCCGCAGGGGCACACUGGACGCAUUGGGGAUCACCGCCCUGCUGAACGUCUCCUCCGACUGCCCCAACCACUUUGAGGGACAUUUCCGCUACAAGUCCAUCCCCGUGGAGGACAACCACAAGACGGAUAUCGGCUCUUGGUUCAUGGAGGCCAUCGAGUUCAUAGAUUCGGUGCAGGCCGGGCAGGGCCGGGUGCUGGUGCACUGCCAGGCGGGGAUCUCGCGCUCGGCCACCAUCUGCCUGGCCUACCUGAUGAUGAAGCGGCGCGUGCGGCUGGAGGAGGCCUUUGAGUUUGUGAGGCAGCGUCGCAGCAUCAUCUCCCCCAACUUCAACUUCAUGGGGCAGCUGCUGCAGUUUGAGGCCCAGGUGCUGGCCACCUCGUGCGCCGCGGAGGCGGUCAGCCCCUCGGCCGGCCGGCGGGAGCGGGGCCCGGCCGGCACCACGCCCGCGGCCCAGUUCGUCUUCAGCUUCCCCGUGUCUGUGCAUGCCACGCCCAGCGGCCUCCCCUACCAUCACAGCCCCAUCACCACCUCUCCCAGCAGCUGAGGCCCACGGCUGCCCCAUGACGGCCGAGGUGGGCACCCAGUGGGCAGCGGGUUGGCCCCCCAAUCCCUCCCCACCCUCGAUGGGCUCGGAAGAAUGGCAAUAAAGACUCUGAAUCCUCCAACAUGCCCCCAGCGGAAGCCUCCCGCUCCCGCAGCAAUAACGGCUCGGCGCCGCUCUGUUUUCUGAAAGAAGUUUCUUACCUCAGUUUUUUAAGCAACGAGGCCCGGCGACCCAAGUCCACACAUCCUGACGGGGCGGCUCGCCCGUCGUGCCUGGGGGCAGCGGGAGGAGGGGAGGCCACGGCCGGUGGAGGCGGCGGCGGAGCCGGACGCAUCAACAACUGCUUUCCAGAAGUGCCUGGUUCUGUGGCCAGUGGUUGGGAUCCUCUUUUUAAGGAAAUCUUUCAAGGUGUCGUGUUUGUUUUAAACCACAAACAGGUGGCUGAUAAUUAUGCUGAUGAUAAUAAAGGUAUUUAUUAAGUAGUUUCCUCCCAAACUGACAAGCA